AUGGCUGAUUGGGUACCAGUUUUAAAGGAUACAGCUCUUCUUAACAAUGGUUGUUACGGUGCCGGAAUAGCAAACGGUGAAGAUGGAGAACUGUUUGUUGCCGGAGAUAUUGACCACGAUGGACUGCACUGGGAUAGCGUUUACAAGGAAAACUACGAAUUUGAAACCUCAGACGAUAACGGUAACCCAGUUAAGCUCCAGAUAGAUGAAAAAUUUACGAUUAAGGAAGUCUUUGAAAAGAAGAUGUCUACCAACGGCAUAUUCCUGGGAGGAGAAAAAUACACCUUCGCCUCGUACGACCCAGCUCUGGAAAGCGGAUCUUUCACUUUCGAAUGUGUUUGCGGAGCGAAAAACAAGGGAGGCUGCCACCUGAUAAAAACACCAGGAAACUACAUAGUGAUCGUGGUGUAUGACGAAACAAGGGGCCAAGAUAAAACAGUAUCUAGAAUGGCAGCAUUCACAUUGGCAGAGUACCUGGCAAACAACGGUUACUAA